UGUGAUAAAUGGAAAAGCUAGAGUUGUUACCAUUCAAAUUAAAGAAUCCACAAGGAUGGCUGGGAAACUUACGUGUGGUAAAAUGGGCAGUAUUAGCGGUUCGUAUGUUGCUCUUUCUGAUCGCAGUGGGUGGGAUGAAAGUGACGCUGUAUAUAUUUCCUAAUUCGAAACAGUCGUUUUUAAAAAGCAUGUCUUCUCCUUACAAAAAGACUCGAGUAACAAAGGAAGAAAUAUUAAAGUUUACUACGUCAACAAAUAUAUUGAAAAACGUUUUCCACAUCUUUUACCAAGAUGUGUUCAAAUCGGCGUCUUUGCACGAGUCUGCUCCAAAUCCUAAACUUUUCAAUGCAAAACAAAAGUCGUUAUGUUAUUUAUCGGAUUUUGUGAAUGGUGAACGCCCUCUCGUGGUGAAUUUUGGUAGUUGCACCUGACCCCCGUUUAUGGCUGCCUUGGAGAAGUUCAUUCAGCUAAUUGGUGAGUUCCAAGAGGUGGCCGAUUUCGUUACAGUUUACAUCGAAGAAGCUCACCCAACUGAUAAAGGAGAUUUCGAGGGUAACUUUGACAUAUCUUCUCACAAGUGCCUUGAAGAGAGACUGAAUGCUGCGGAGGUUCUUGCAAAAAAUGAAAGUCUCCCAUGCCCAUUAUUGAUAGAUUUGAUGACUAAUGAAGCCAAUGUUGCGUAUGGUGCAUUUCCUGAGCGUCUUUACAUAAUUAAACGAGGAAUAAUCGUGUAUGAAGGCGGUAUAGGGCCGAAGGAAUAUAGU